CAUUUGUCUCCCAAGGGAGGCCUGGCAUGUCACAUCAUGAUCAAUGCAUCACCUAGCUAUGAUAUCAUCUCUUCUUUGUCAUCCGCUCCUGUAUUUUAUAAUCUCGUUGUCUAGGGUCAUUUACCCCUCAGCAAUUCUUCUCAGACGCUGAAGUAUGUCUCACGUUUAUUCUGCACAUCGACUUUGUCUUACUAAAACUCCUCCCUUAGUUCAUUUCUAAUAGAUUUAUCAUGGCACAAUCCACUCCUCGAGUUUGGUUGAGUAAGUUGGUGCACUGUAACUCCUCAGCGUGCGGGUCACUGACUGCUCGCAGUUACCGGAUCUUCUUCUGGGUUCGAUUGCUGUCGCGAACUCUGCGCAAACCCUCCGUCCUUGAUGACCUCGCUGCCCAAUAUCCGCGCACUCAGCUCCUAGUACUCCCCCUGGACGUGACGAACGAAGCGCAGAUAAAAUAUGUCUUCGCACAGGCCAAGAAUGCCUUUGGGCACAUCGAUGUCGUGUAUAACAACGCGGGGCAGGUGUUUUACCAGGAGCUGGAGGGGACGGCUGUGAUGGAUGUCAAUUUCUGGGGCGCGGCAGCGGUAAGCCUUGAGGCGGUUAGAUUCUUUAGAGAGGAAAACCCGAAGGGUUGUGGGGGGAUGCUCGUUCAAGUAUCGAGCGUGGCAGCGAUCAACGGGGUCCCUCUGCUCGGGUUUUAUAACACUAC